CCGUCGUCCACAAAUCUACCAAGAUGAACACCUUCUUCACGAUCUUUGUUGCCUUCGUUGUCGUCGCACUGGCCAACGUGGCAGAGCCGAAAUCGGUAUCGAAGAAAGAGAAAAGAGGGGUGGCCUUGUUUGGACCGUCUAGUUACGAUUUCUUCGGCGUCGCGCCCAUUUUCUCCGCUCCGUCGUGGUCGCCGACCAGUUUCGGAUCGACUUCUUGGAGCCCUUCGGGUGUUCCCGAUGUCCCCUUGACGCAGGUCCAGGUUCAGGCUACGCACGACGUCGCCAUUCAGGCACUGAGGGAUCCAGCACCUGGUACUCCAAGCAUCGCCUAUCCGCCGGACGUUAUCAGAGCGAUUCAACACGCCAAAGACGCGAACCAAAAUGUGAACUUGGCACAGCAGAGGGUGGCGGAGGCUAAGCACGCUGCCGUCGUCCAGCAGAAGGUCGCCCUGGCCAAGGAGGCUGCUGCGAGGGAGGCUACAGCCAGGUAA